GUGUGGUUGUGGUCAGAAGUUGUGUGGUUGUGUUCAAUAGAUCUGUCAGUAGUUGUGUGGUUGUAUUCACUAGAUGUCUCAGUAGUUGUGUGGUUGUGUUCAAUGGAUGUGUCAGUAGUGGUAUAGUUGUGUUCACUAGAUGUGUCAGUAGUUGUGUGGUUGUGGUCAGUAGUUGUGCGGUUGUGUUCAAUAGAUGUGUCAGUAGUGGUGUGGUUGUGUUCACUAGAUGUGUCAGUAGUUGGGUGGUUGUGGUCAGAAGUUGUGUGGUUAUGUUCAAUAGAUGCGUCAGUAGUGGUGUGGUUGUGUUCACUAGAUGUGUCAGUAGUUGUGUGGUUGUGUUCAAUAGAUGUGUCAGUAGUGGUGUGGUUGUGUUCACUAGAUGUGUCAGUUGUUGUGUGGUUGUGGUCAGAAGGUGUGUGGCUGAGGUCAGUAGUUGUGUGGUUGUGGUCAGAAAUUGUGUGGUUGUGUUCAAUAGAUGUGUCAGUAGUGGUGUGGUUGUGUUCACUAGAUGUGUCAGUAGUUGGGUGGUUGUGGUCAGAAGUUGUGUGGUUAUGUUCAAUAUAUGUGUCAGUAGUGGUGUGGUUGUGGUCAGGUGUGUGGUUAAGGUCAGUAGUUGUGUGGUUGUGGUCAGAAGUUGUGUGGUUGUGUUCAAUAGAUCUGUCAGUAGUUGUGUGGUUGUAUUCACUAGAUGUCUCAGUAGUUGUGUGGUUGUGUUCAAUGGAUGUGUCAGUAGUGGUAUAGUUGUGUUCACUAGAUGCGUCAGUAGUUGUGUGGUUGUGUUCACUAGAUGUGUCAGUAGUUGUGUGGUUGUGUUCAAUAGAUGUGUCAGUAGUGGUGUGGUGGUGGUCAGAAGGUGUGUGGCUGAGGUCAGUAGUUAUGUGGUUGUGGUCAGAAGUUGUGUGGUUGUGUUCAAUAGAUGUGUCAGUAGUGGUGUGGUUGUGUUCACUAGAUGUGUCAGUAGUUGUGUGGUUGUGGUCAGAAGGUGUGUGGCUGAGGUCAGUAGUUGUGUGGUUGUGGUCAGAAAUUGUGUGGUUGUGUUCAAUAGAUGUGUCAGUAGUGGUGUGGUUGUGUUCACUAGAUGUGUCAGUAGUUGGGUGGUUGUGGUCAGAAGUUGUGUGGUUAUGUUCAAUAGAUGUGUUAGUAGUGGUGUGGUUGUGUUUACUAGAUGUGUCAGUAGUUGUGUGGUUGUGUUCAAUAGAUGUGUCAGUAGUGGUGUGGUUGUGGUCAGAAGGUGUGUGGCUGAGGUCAGCAGUUAUGUGGUUGUGGUCAGAAGUUGUGUGGUUGUGUUCAAUAGAUGUGUCAGUAGUGGUGUGGUUGUGUUCACUAGAUAUGUCAGUAGUUGUGUGGUUGUGGUCAGAAGGUGUGUGGCUGAGGUCAGUAGUUAUGUGGUUGUGGUCAGAAGUUGUGCGGUUGUGUUCACUAGAUGUGUCAGUAGUUGUGUGGUUGUGUUCACUAGAUGUGUCAGUAGUUGUGUGGUUGUUGUCAGAAGGUGUGUGGUUGAGGUCAGUAGUUGUGUGGUUGUGGUCAGAAGGUGUGCCAGUAGUUGUGUGGUUGUGUUCAAUAGAUGUGUCAGUAGUGUUGUGGUUGUGUUCACUAGAUGUGGUCAGCAGUAGUGUGGUUGUUGUGAGAAGUUGUGUGGUUGUUGUUAAUAGUGUGGUUGUGUUCAAUAUAUGUGGUCAAGAUUUGUGUGGUUGUGUUCAGUAGUAGUGUGGUUGUGGUCAGCAAUCGUGUGGUUGUGGUCAGCAGUUUGGUCGUGGUCAAUAAUUGUGGUAAGCAGUUGUGUGGUUGUGGUCAGACGUUGUGUGGUUGUUGUCAGUAACUGUGGUUGUUGUCACUAGAUGUGGUCAGACGUUUUGUGGCUGUGGUCAGACGAUGUGUGGAUGUGGUCAGAAGUUGUGUGGCUGUGGUCAGACGUUGUGUGGUUGUUGUCAGUAACUGUGUGGUUGUUGUCACUACAUGUGUUCAGAAGUUGUGCGAUUGUGGUCAGACGUUGUGUGGUUGUUGGCAGUAACUGUGUGGUUGUGGUCACUAGAUGUGAUCAGAAGUUGUGUGGCUCUGGUCAGACGUUGUGUGGUUGUUGGCAGUAACUGUGUGGUUGUGGUCACUAGAUGUGGUCAGAAGUUGUGUGGCUGUGGUCAGAAGUUUGUCAGCAGUUGAGUGGUUGAGAUCAGUAGCUGUGCGGUUAUGGUCAGAAGUCAUGUGGUUGUGGUCAACAGUAGUGUAGUUGUGGUCAGUACUAAUGUGGUUGUAAUCAGUACUAGUGUGGUUGUAGUCAGAAGUAGUGUGGUUGUUGCCAGUAGUUGUGUGGUUGUAGUCAGAAGUUGUGUGGUUUUAGUCAGAAGUUGUGUGGUUGUAGUCAGAAGUUGUGUGGUUGUAGUCAGAAGUUGUGUGGUUGUAUAGCCAACUCAGAGUAUUCUAUUCUCUUCUUCUAGACUACAUUUUCUUCAUAUCAUUCUUUAGACCGGUCUAAAAUAAAUAACCAAUUUAUUGUAAUGGUGUGGGCUCUAUUACAUGGAUUUAUUAGACUUAUUAAAAUGUAGAUGUUCCAAAGGUCUGCAUAAGUGGCUUGUAGGCUAUGCGAGGAAGCCAGGAGAUGCUAAAUGUGUUUGUUAAUGGUCAAUUACCAUGAGACCGGCAGCUAUUUGCUUGACAAUCACCAUCUGAAAAAAGAUAAUUACUGCCACAGCCCUAGUUGUGGUCAGUAAUUGUGGUCACUUCCUUCACCCUCGUCAUAAUUUUUGCCCUCUAUGUCUGAGUAUCCCAUAGCAAUGGCUCCGUUUAGGCUGCUCAUUGAUGACCCAGAGACCUGUUAGUAGACGUGAACUGGCAACUUUUUGUCACUCUAAACUCUGACAAACAGCUGUAACUUUUUAUUGGGUAGAAGAUAUUCCUAAUCCACUCUAUCUAGUUAGAGGGGUACAGCCCAGCCUUCUCUUCUCUUUUCUAUAGGCAAACUAGCCAGUUAAGUUAUUUAGAGCACUUAGCAUGAUCCGGGAAAAGGAGGACAAAGCUAGUAAGCAUUAGAAAUCUUCUCUUUAUCAUUCCAGGUCGUCCAGACCGGGAAAGUAUUCUUAAUCUUAACGUCAGCUCUUUGGUCUGAAACAAAUUGACAAAUCAUGGGAAUUUGAAGAGUUAAGAAGACAUUCAUUCCAGUGAGUAAAUGAUUCCUAGGCAACAGUAGCCUUGACAACACUGUUGCCUUUUAGUUAAAGUGUGAGAAACAUGCUAAAAUACAGUAAAGUUGUGCUUUAAUAUGAACUAAAUACUGCACUCUGACCCACAAAACGCCUUUGCUAGAUUGAUGAUAGUAUUUUCGACCAACACGGAAAGUAAACUUUAAAACGUUACGUACUUUUAUUGCAAUUUGCAGCAAUUGUUGAUAAAUAAUUAAUCUGCUAGCUUCUGACAUGGCUUACUGCAGCUAGAAAGAGAGCAGUUAAUGGGUUAGUAAAGCAGCUCUAUCUAGAGAUUGGUAGAUGCUAAUUCGUUUUCAGUUUUGACAAGCAGAGAAGUAGGGGAAGAUUUCAUACCUUGGAAUAUUUUUGUUUAAUCUGUUUUCUUUAGUGAUCAAAACAGCAGUUGUUUACAAAGUUACAGAAAAUGUAGAUUUUUUUUGUUCAAACGCCAGAUAUGAAUAGCAGAAGUAGACAAAGGUGUAACUUUUUGUCUAAGUUGUUGCAAAGUAGCUGAUUUAUGUUACUGAAUUUACAGAGAAUGGCAGUUGGAAAGGAUGAUGUCACAAUGGGGAGCCUAAAAAUCUUGAGGAUAUCCCAUACAAGUGGACAGAGGACAAAACUGACAAAAUGUAAAAUAUUUUUAAAAAAGUAGAAAGGGUAUUAAAAAGUUCUAUCCAAGCAACUCCAGUGAGACCAUUCCGUAAGUUUUAAAGUUUGAACGGCGUUUCUAGCUUAAACGAUGUAGGAGUAGCGUGCUAAAGACAAAGAACUAGGUGGUAACUUAACAAGUAAAGUUGUGGGGCUUCCUAAAAGUUUUUUGUGAUAGUGUUCAAAGUGAAAAGUUGUACUAUUCGCAUCGAUAGUCAGAAGUUGUGGUCAGUAGUAGUGGUCACUAGUUAUGUGGUUCUGUAGUUGUGUGGAUAUGGUCAGUGGUUAGAUGUGUUGUCAGAAGUUGUGUGGUUGUGGUAUGUAAUUGUAUGGUUGUGGUCACUAGAUGUGGUAAGCAGUUGUGUGGUUGCAGUCAGAAGUUGUGUGGUUGGGUUCACUAGAUUGUGGGAUAUAAUUGUGUGGUUGAGGAUACUGGAUGUGGUCAGAAGUUAUGGGGUAGUGGCCAAAAGGAGUGGGGUUGUGGUCAAAAGUUGUGGUCACUCUUCUCAUAAUUUUGGCCCUCAGUGUCAGUGAGUAUCCUAGCAAUGGUUCCGUUUUGGAAUCUCAAUAAUGACACAGAGAUUGGCGAUGGGUUAAUAAAAUUGCUCUAUCUAGAGGUUGGUACACACGAUUUAUAAACUGUUUUUGGAUUGGACAAGCAGAGAAGUAGGGGAAGAUUUCACUACAAAAUAUUUGUGUCUAACUCUUUGGGUUAGUGGUCAAAACGGUGGUUGUUUGGAAAAUAAUGAAUCUGCUAGGUUAUGACACGAUUUACAGCAGCUAGAAAGAGACUGGCUAUGUGUUACUAAAACGGCUCUAGUUACAGAUUGGCACGCACAAUUUCGAAUCUGAAUGCAGAUUUGACACACAGAGAAUUAAAUAACAUGUUUAUGUACCUUGUUGUGUUACUGAUCCAAAUGGCAGUUGUUUGGGAAAAGUUGGAAGAACACAUGGUAAUGGAGUUACAAAAACAGCUAUACUUUGAUUCCGCAAACAGAUAUGAAUAGCAGAUUAGUAGACGAAGAUAGACAAAAAGUUAGUGUUCCUAAGUUGUUGCAAAGUGGAAUUAUUAGCUAAUUUGGGUCAAAAGUUAACUGAUUUCACUUACAGAGAAUGGCAGUUGGAAGGGAUGUCACAAUGGGGAGCCUUAGAAUCUUGAGAAAUCCAAUGAAAGAGGAUGGAGGAGAAAAAGAGGACAAGAAAGUGAGUAAUGUAAAAAGUAUAACAGAUAUCAAAAAGUUGUAUACAAGCAACUCAAUUGAGACAUACCUCAAAUUUGUAUUAUUAUUAUUUAUUAUUCAAAUUGUGAAAUCAUUUUAAAUUCCCAUCGAUAGUCAGUAGAUUUGGUCAGAAUUUGUGGUCAGUAGUAGUAGUCAAUAGUGGUUCAAUAGUUGUGGUCUGUAGUUGUGUGGUUGUGGUUAUAAAUUAUGAGAAUAUGGUCAGUAGAUACUGUAGAUGUUUGGUCAGAAGUUGUGUGGCUGUGCUCGAUAGUUGUGUGGUUGUGGUCAAAAGUUGUGUGGUUGUGGUCACUAGAUGUGGUAAGCAGUUAUGUGGUUGUGGUCACUAGAGGUGGUAAGCAGUUGUGUGGUUGAGGUCACUAGAUGUGGUUAGAAGUAGUGCGGUUGAGGUCAGAAUUUGGGGUCAGUAGUUAUGUGGUUCAGUAGUUGUGGUGGUGAUUCAAAUUGUGAAAUCAUUGUAAAGUUGUGGGGCUUGAAGCUCUAAACGUUUGAGGUUGUGAAAAGAAGUUGUACAUUGAUUAUAUUAUUCAAAUAUUUUUCAAAUAUUUUUUUAUUUCCAUAAUCAGUAGAUUUGGGCAAAAGUUGUGGUCAGUAGCGUUGGUCAGUAGUAAUGUGGUUGAGUCGUUGUGGUUGUGGUGAGUUGUUUUGGUCAAUAUGUGGCCAAUAUUUGUGUGGUUGUGGUCAGUAAUUGUGGUCACACUUCACUCUCCUCAUAAUUUUUGCCCUCUCUGUGUCUGAGUAUCCUAGCAAAAGCUCAGUUUUGGAAUCUCAAUAACACAGAGAGCUGUGGCUAGAAAGAGACAGGCGAUGGGAUUUGACAAGCAGAGAAAUAGAGGAAGAUUUAAUACCUUUGAAUAUUUUUUGAAGUUACUUAACUUGCUGUAACUUUCUCAGAAUAGUAUUUUUUGUCCAUAAUGCCAUAUUUGAGCAGCAGAGAAGUAGAUGAAGACGGGAACACUUUAACUUUGUCUAAGUUGUUGCAAAGUGGAAUAAUUAGCUGAUUUGGGUCAAAAGCUGCAUGAUUUCACUUCGAGAAUGGCCGUUGGAAGUGAUUAUGUCACAAUGGGGAGCUUUAGAAUCUUGAUUAAAAAAGUUAGACCGUUACACACGUUUUGAAUUUGGAAUGGCGUUUCUAUCUUAAACGGUGUAAAAGGUGUAGCAUGCAUAAUAAUAAGAAGUAGUAUGUUGAAUACCUAAGUCCACCAAAACUGUUGCCAGAGAAUUUCAUGUUAAUUUCUCUACCAUAAGCCACCUACCUACGUUGUUUUAGAGAAUUUGGCAGUACGUCCAACCGGCCUCACAACCACAAACCACGCCAGCCCAGGACCUCCAC